UUGGAACUAAAUCUUUACCCGUAUUUGCGCAAUUCUUUGACACUGCUUCACUUUCGCGAUUUACACACCAGUAAAGUAUUUCAGAAGCGCCUCUCCAAUUCGAACAUCUGAAUCAAUAGUCAGAAUUACUGCUCGCCGCAAAGCGUCAGGAUGCCGGUCGACUACAGCAAGUGGGAUGCGCUGGAGCUCAGCGAUGACUCUGAUGUCGAGGUUCAUCCCAACGUCGACAAGCGGUCUUUCAUUCGCGCCAAGCAGAACCAGAUUCAUGCGGAACGCCAGCAACGCAAGCUCCAGAUCGAGACCCUCAAGUACGAAAGAAUCAUCAAUGAUACUCUGAUCAAGCGGAUCUCCUCCCUUCUUGCCUCUCUCAAGGCUCAUGCUUCGGAAGUCAGCUCGCGCAACCCAGGCGAGGUGGCCUUCCAGGCUGUCAUAGAGUCGGCCGCUGGUCUAGAUCCCAAGGAUGACCAGCCCCCACCAAGGCCUGCCGGUGUUCACAAUGCAGAACAACCCCUGCCUACGUACACCAAGAUGAUGGCCACGCUUCUUGACGAUGUGAACAAGACUUUGGAGGAGAAGAAGAUCGAGCAAGACAAGAGAUACGAAGCUACUAUCGCGGAAGUGGAGGAGCACCUCAAGAAAGUCACAAACCUACAGGGCGAGUUGCUCAACAAGCUUGACGAGCUGGAAAAGAUUGACAAGAGCAAAAUUACGAGCGAGUCUAUCCACACGGGCUUUGACAGCACGCACAUCAACAAGUCGAAGGCCUCUACCUCAGGAGACAAGAAGGAGGCGUCCAAGGUCGAACUUCUAAACCCGAACUACAGCGCCACCGAUAGCCUACCUGCACCCAGCACGACUACGAACGAUGAUGACGAUGACGCUGAAAUUGAGGCUUCUCCUGCCGCCAAACAAUUUGCUUCGAUCAAGGCAGACGACUACCGGGAGUCCCUCGCCUUCCUUACGAAACACCCAGAAAUUCUUACCGAAAAAGAAACCGAUGGCUUGCUCGUCCUCGCUUUCGACGCACAGCUUCAAAACCGUGACGACUAUGCUCGCAAUUGCGUCCACCAAGCACUCCUGCUGCAGUACUGCCGGGCUUUGGGACGCGACGGCGUCGCUUUAUUCUUCAAGCGCAUCACGACACAAGGCCACCAGGCCCAGGAGGUCUUCUUCAAGGAUGUGCAGGACACAUUUUACAAGAUCAAGAACAGGGCCAGAGAGAUCAACCUGCAGAGGGCAAAGGAAGAGGCCGAAGGUGGCAGCCAAGAGGGUGUGGAACAGAUCCAACUGCAUGCGGUAGAGCCUGGUACGGUGAUAAACAUCAACAUUCCUCCAGCUGACAGUGAAGACCCGGAGGUACAGCAAGCUAGAGCUAUUUUUGAAAGCUUUAGUCCCGAGAUGAAGAAGGCUCUGGAAUCGGGCAAGUUGGAUGCGGUGAACAAGGUUCUGGGCAAGAUGAAGGUUGAGGAGGCUGAGGAGUUGGUGAGCAAAUUUGGAGAUGCUGGUGUUUUGAGUCUCGAGGAGGAAAUCAUUGACGCCACUACACAAGAGGGCCAGGAAAAGUGGAAGGAGAUCGAAGCUGCCAAGAAGCACGCAGAUGAGCCCGCUGGUGACCCGGAAUGAGUGAUGUAAGACGCCGUCUUCGUACCUUUCGUUCUCGCCUGGAACACGUUUAGGACAUAGGCAUUGUAAUUUCGACGGACAUAGCAACGAACUUAGGAGCAUACCAGGCUUCAAGCUAUAUCGAGGUCAUGUGUUAGCUCUGCCCUGUUUUCAGAAUUCACUAUACGGAUCGCCUUUUCGACCAAUAAGCAGGUAGUUGGCUGUAUCCUCUUACAGUCGAGUUUCUGUUACUGAGUUAUGGCUAGCAUAUCAGAUUUAGCAUCACUCCCAAGUUCACAGGAUUGUCAG